UUUGUCUGUAAAAAUUUCAGGGAAAAAAAAAUGAAAAGUUUUCUAAUAUUUUGCUCAUCUAUCGCGAUCAGUUUGGGUGUCAGUCCUUGCCCAGGAGAUACCAGAGGAGAUAGGAGAUGCAACCAUGAUUCUACACACCGAGUGUGCGCUAAGAUUGGAAUUGAAGGAACAUCCUUCUGGGAGUUCACUGGACAAACAUCUUGGUGUAACACCAUCGGUUACUAUGGAGGCCCAUAUGGUGACCAACCAAGAUGUCCUACUAAUGAACCCACCUGGUGUAUAUGUAAGUGGGCCACUGCCAGAUGGAUUAAAGGAGAAGGUUGUAAGGACACAGUUCAAUUUGACUGCAAUGCUACAGAUGUAUGCGAUCUCAAGGCCUCCUAUGUUGACUUCAACGUAGAUCUAGCUCCAGCACAUGAUUGUAUAAUGAAGAAGUGUCCGGACCAAUGGGCCGCCUGCCCAGAUCAAUCCGCCACUUCAAGGAGAGCUUCCAGGAGAAGGUCCCGCAACCGUUCUCGUUCAUGGCCUUGGCAAUGGUAAUCGGGCCUCAGUGUCGAAUUAACGCGGGUUUCGUAAACAAAAAUUUAAAAAUCACCCCAACCUAGAUUUCUUUGAAACCAUUUUGUUCCCAGCUGCUAGAUAUGUUAGAAUAUUUUUUAAGGUUUUAUUAUUAAAAAGUUUACGUUUUUUAUCUUCCCCAACGCAUUAAAAAAUCGCACCCCCCACUUUAUUCUUGAAAAUAUUUAUUAUAUUUCUCUGUAUUGCUGUCAUUGUUAUCGGGUUUUGUAAUUGCAUUAAAACUUUGUUCAUUACCAAUGCAAUAGCAUAAAGAUCUUGUUGUAAUCAGCUGCAUUGUCCUUUGUAUUGCCAAGGGAAAUAGAACCUGAUAAUUGUUUUAAAGCCACAACCUUUCCAUCAUGCCAAUUUGUUGUUAAACAGAAUUUAUUUGUAAUCGAACUCGUUAAAUCCUUUAUAACAUUUUUAUUGCGCCAAAACUUUUUCAUGCCAAAAACAAUAUAAAGUCGGUUCAUUCUUUUUUUUGCUUAUUUAUAAACUCUUAUUUCUAGUCUUCCAAUUGAUAUUUAACUUUGAAAUUGUAAAAAACCUCGUGAACUUUAUAUUCUUAUGGACUUGUUUAAUCGCCAUAAAUU